CCUUCAAAUUAUCCACCACCUUCAUACCCUGUUGCUAUUUGAUUCUUGCUCUUUGUUUUUGCAAAAAGGAAUUUUUUUCCUUCUUCUUUCGUCAUAUAUAUAUAUAUAUAUAUACACACACAUUAUUAUUAUUCUUUGCUUACCUAUAUUCAUGACUGCUAUUCUCAACAAAGCACGCAUAAUCUGCACCGAGCAUUUGCUCAAUACUCGGCCUACCUCCCUCAAUAAAUACAGCAAAAAAUGGCAUUUGGCUUUUGGCACGAUCUACUGCUCAAGAAUUCUGUUUUCGGUCGUCAGGAAUCAUAAUUCCAAGGUUUCGCCCAUUCCUGAUCAUGUCUGUCUUACAAUUCCUCCAGAAAAUGGUUGUUUCAAAAUUGAUGAGACCACUCUCACCGACAUUGUGAAGGAGAAAAAGCUUGGGAAGCUUCAGAUACUUGGCGGGGUGAAUGGGGUGGCUUCUUCCCUUCAAACCAGCCCGGAUAGUGGAAUCAAUGGCGGUGCUGAGGACAUUGCUCACCGACAUGAGGCAUUUGGUUCUAACACCUACAAAAAACCACCAUCAAAGCGUUUCUUUCAUUUUGUGCUGGAGGCUUUCAAAGAUCUCAUAAUUUUGAUCCUGCUCGGCUGCGCCGCACUUUCUCUUGGUUUUGGCAUCAAGGAGCAUGGCUUGAAAGACGGUUGGUACGAUGGUGGGAGUAUUUUCGUGGCUGUUUUUCUGGUCAUUAGCGUCUCUGCUAUCAGCAACUACAGACAGAACAGAGAGUUUGAUAAAUUGUCUAGAGUCAGCAACAACAUCCAAAUUGAUGUCAUCAGAGGCGGCAGGCGGCAACAGAUUUCAAUAUUUGAUAUCGUGGUCGGAGAUAUUGUUUGCCUGAAAAUCGGGGAUCAGGUUCCAGCUGAUGGGUUGUUCUUGGAUGGACAUUCUCUGCAGACAGAUGAAUCCAGCAUGACAGGGGAGAGCGACCAUGUUAAGGUGAAUUCAAAGAAAAAUCCGUUCUUGAUUUCUGGUACCAAGGUGGUUGAUGGGUACGCCCAGAUGCUUGUCACUUCUAUUGGAAUGAACACGACCUGGGGCCAGAUGAUGAGCCACGUGACGAGCGAUAAAAACGAGCAGACGCCACUACAAGUCCGGUUAAACAAGCUAACGUUGGCAAUAGGUAUGGUCGGUUUGGCAGUGGUUUUCUUGGUUCAUGUAGUUUUGUUGGUUCGUUACUUGACCGGCAACACAACAGAUGAGAAUGGAAAUACAGAGUUCAAUGGAAGCAGCACAAACACCGAUGAUAUAAUAGAUACUGUGGUGGGGAUAGUUGCUUGUGCCGUUAAAAUCGUCGUUGUUGCUAUCCUAGAAGGGUUACCGUUGGCCGUUACGCUGACUUUGGCUUAUUCAAUGAAGAAAAUGAUGGCGGAUCAGGCGAUGGUCCGAAAGCUUUCCGCCUGUGAAACUAUGGGGUCUGCCACCACAAUUUGCACUGGCAAAGCAGGUACUCUUACACUUAAUCUGAUGAAGGUUACAAAGUUUUGGCUGGGGAAGGAAACCAUGGAUGAAGCUUCUUCUUCAAUUUCUUCAUUUGUUGUUAACUUGAUUCAUCAAGGAGUUUCUCUGAACACAACCGGAAGUGUUUACAGAGGUUCUUCAGGGUCGAGAUUUGAAUUCUCUGGAAGUCCAAUGGAAAAGGCAAUUCUUUCUUGGGCUGUUCAGGAGAUGAGGAUGGAUAUGGAGGAAAUGAAGAGGAAUUUCACAAUUCUCUUUGUGGAAGCGUUCAAUUCUCAAAAGAAAAGGGUUGGAGUUUUGAUCAAGAAAAAUGAAGAUAACACAAUUUAUGUUCAUUGGAAAGGAGUAGCAGAAAUGAUUCUGGCUAUGUGCUCAAGCUACUAUGAUGCUUCAGGAGUUCUGAAAGAUCUUAAUGGAGAAGAAAGGAUGGAAUUCAAGAAAAUUAUUCAGGGAAUGGAGGCAAGCAGUCUCCAGUGCAUUGCUUUUGCUCACAAACAAGUUGCAGAAACAGAGGAAGAAAAUGUGAAAGAGAAGAAAAAGCUUAAAGAGGAAAACUUGACCUUGUUGGGACUUGUAGGUAUCAAGGGUCCAUGUCAGUCAGGGGUGAAGAAGGCGGUGGAGGCCUGUCAGUCUGCCGGAGUGAACAUCAAGAUGAUUACUGGCGACAAUGUCUUCACAGCAAGAGCUAUUGCCACUGAAUGUGGGAUUCUUCGACCGAGUCAGGACAUGGAUAGUGGAGUCGUUGUGGAAGGCGAGGAAUUCCGAAGCUAUACCCCAAAAGAGAGGAUGGAGAAGGUGGAGAAGAUAUGCGUUAUGGCAAGAUCGUCUCCUUUUGACAAACUUCUCAUGGUACAAUGCUUGAAAGAGAAAGGGCAUGUAGUUGCAGUCACUGGGGAUGGUACCGAUGAUGCUCCAGCACUCAAAGAAGCUGACAUUGGAUUGUCAAUGGGAAUUCAAGGAUCGAAAAUUGCGAAAGAGAGCUCCGAUAUUGUCAUCUUGGAUGACAAAUUUGCUUCCGUGGCCACCGCUCUGAAGUGGGGUAGAUGUGUUUACACCAACAUACAGAAAUUCAUUCAAUUCCAGUUGACAGUAAAUGUCGCCGCUCUGGUGAUCAAGUUCAUGGCAACCAUUUCUGCAGGAGAAGUUCAUCUAACGACCGUUCAGUUUUUGUGGGUGAACUUGAUCAUGGACACAUUGGGUGCUUUGGCUUUGGCUACAGAGAAGCCCACCAAGGAGUUGAUGAAGAAGCCACCUGUUGGCCGCACAGAGCCACUGAUUACCAAUAUCAUGUGGAGGAACCUCUUAGCUCAAGCUUUUUACCAGGUUGCAGUAGUCUUGAUCCUACAAUUCAGAGGACAAUCAAUCUUCAGUGUGACUAAAGCAGUGAAUGACACCAUGAUCUUCAACACUUUUGUGCUCUGCCAAGUUUUCAAUGAAUUCAACGCAAGGGAGCUGGAGAAGAAGAAUGUGUUCAAGGGUAUUCAUAAGGACAAGCUGUUUUUAAGGAUAGUCGGGAUGACCAUUGUUCUUCAAGUGGUGAUGGUGGAGUUUCUAAAGUGGUUUGCAGGUAAAGAGAGGUUGAAUUGGAGACAAUGGGGCAUCUGCAUCGCCAUGGCUGCUGUCUCUUGGCCCGUUGGCUGGAUCGUCAAGUGCAUACCAGUGCCAGAGAGACCUGUUUUCAGCUAUCUCAAGUGGAAGAAACACACAUAAUACUUCCAAAUUUCAAUAUUAUUUCAUUAAUUCAUGAAAUUUCUACAUGCAUAUCUUGUAAUUUGUUUCAAAUUUCUCCUUUUUGUCUGUAUAGACUAUAAUUCAUUCAUUUUUUAAAUUUCUGCAUAGAUAUCUUGUAAUUUGAUUCGCAUUCUCCUCCAUCCUAUUUGUGUAGAUUAUAUAUGAUAUGUUUCUUACAUAUUAUAAAAUAACCUGAUUCUU